AGCCGGAAGUGUAGUUCAGCUGACUGUCAUAUGAUCCUUCGGUAAGACGUCGAUUUUUUUCCUCCGUUUCUGCGUUUAAACGUUAACUUCCUCGUGCAAAACUUCGCCUCAAGGAUGGCUGGCCGCGGCAAAUUGAUCGCUGUUAUCGGUGACGAGGACACAUGCACCGGCUUCCUGCUCGGUGGCAUCGGUGAGCUGAAUAAGAACCGCAAACCCAAUUUCUUGGUGGUGGAGAAGGACACGAGCGUGACGGAGAUCGAGGAGACCUUCAAGAGCUUCUUGGCCCGUAACGACAUCGGCAUCAUCCUGAUAAACCAGUUCAUUGCAGAGAUGAUCCGCCAUGCCAUCGACGCCCACAUGCAGUCGAUCCCAGCCGUGCUCGAGAUCCCAUCCAAAGAGCAUCCAUAUGACGCGUCCAAGGACUCGAUCCUGCGCCGAGCCAAGGGCAUGUUCUCUGCUGAAGACUUUCGAUAGACGCCCCACAUGCACACAGUCUGACAGGCUAUUUGUUCAGUGAUUAGUUGAAAUGUCCCGAGUCUUGUUUUGUUUUCUCUGUGCAGUGAUGAACGUGUUCCAGUGGCAAAACUGAAUCCGUGAAUGUGUUUUAUUUUUUCUGCUUUAACUUAUAAAUGAAUAAAUAAAUGUUUUUGAUUGUGA